AGCUAAAAUUUAUUUGACAACACAUAAAAACAUUAUUGACAAUAAUUACUAAUAGUGUUCAAUUUAUUAUUUCGAAUUUAGCUCUGAUUGUAAUGCAUUUAAAAGAAAUCGUAGUACUUAAUAUAAGGGCACGCAAAUAAGUUCCUAAGACAUUUUACAAUAAUUUGGUGUCAACAUCAUGAAAGACGAAAUGACUAAAGAGUUUUCUUUAAAAGAUGUAAAAACCGAAAUAGAAAUUGAAAUAGAAGAAAAUGACUUGUCUACCGAAAAUGUUAAAACAGAAAAGCAUUACGAUUUUUACGGCUUCAAUACUGAAGAAGUUUUUGACAGCGUCCAAGCUAAUUUUAAUUUUAAAUGUAAAUUUGAAUGCACGUUUCGAAUUUUGAGAGAGAGUAUGGAAAUGGGGAAGAACACAUUUAAGAAAAAAGCAAAAUUAACAUUAAAAAAGAAAAGGAAAGUAUUAAAAACAUUUUGCGACAAGGUUUUUAACAAAGGUUUUCCAAAGGAUUUACAAAGAAAAAAACACCGUUCCCAUCAUUUUAAACGACACCCAAUCAUUUGCCACAUAUGUGGAAAAUUAUUUAUAAAAAAAGGCGAAUACAACAAGCAUUAUUGCACUUAUUUCCUAAAAAUAAGCAAAACUAAAACCCAGAAUAAAAAAAUUACCAAAAAUCAAGACAAUACCGAUAAAAACUAUUAUUUCAGUCAAGACAAAUUUAAGUGUUCUAACUGCAGAAAAUCUUUCAAGUUAUUCGCAGACUUUGAAAAGCACUUUUCCACUCACAAGGGUGAAGAAAAACCUUUUUUAUGCACAGUAUGUCCUAAAAGGUUCGCCAAAAAGAAGUACCUUCAAAGUCAUCUCAUAAUUCAUAAUGGCAAAACCCAGCACCAAUGCAACGUUUGUUUUAAAAAGUUUACAGUUAAAAAAAGUUUAGUUUCCCACUUAAGAAUCCAUUCCGGGGAUAAACCGUUCGUUUGUCCAAAAUGCCCCAAAAAAUUCACUUAUAAAGAAUCACUAUUAGCCCAUAUUACCACGCAUAUGGUUGACAAACCUUUCAGAUGUCCGAUUUGCUCUAGAGAUUUUAAAAUAGAACAAUAUUUGAAAAACCAUAUGAUCGUCCAUACGACGGAUAAAUCAUUUGAAUGCAACUUUUGUCGAAGAAAAUAUUUUCGCAGAAAUGAUUUAAAGAAACAUUUGGUGACACAUUCUGACGGUAGAAAUUUCAAAUGCAACUUGUGCCCAAGUAGGUUUUAUGCAAAGUCGGACUUAAAAAGACAUGUUAAUAAACACACAGUAAAAAAAUCGUUCACUUGUGCUAUUUGCUCUAAGUCUUUUACAGAGAAAACUGUGCUGAGAUGCCAUAUCCAACGACAUAACUCACAAAAGGAUUACGGUUGUAUUUCUUGUCAAAAAAGAUUCUUUUCCAAGACCGAAUUAAAAACGCAUAAACGUGUGCAUACAGGAGAACGUCCUUAUAAAUGUUCGAAUUGUUUAAAAUGUUUUUCAAAUUCUGCUGUUUUGAGAAACCAUAUGUUUACGCAUCGAAAUGAAAGAUUAUUUGAGUGCUCGACUUGCCAAAAAAAGUUUACGCAAAAAUGCAUCUUGAUGUGCCACAAAAAAAUACAUUUAGCAGGAAGAGAAAAAAAAUUUCAAUGCGCUAAUUGCGAUAAAAAGUAUUUCACCAAAUCUGCUUUGAUAUCGCAUCUAAAAUUCCAUUCUGAAGAUCGACCAUAUCAAUGUGCUGUAUGCUUUAAGUCGUUUUUCACUAACAGCCAUGUACAGCGCCAUCUUAUUAGUCAUAUGACUGGUAGACCAUUUAAGUGUCAAAUAUGUAAAACUGGUUUUAGAUCUAAAGAAUAUUUAACCCAACACAUUAAGAUCCACAGUGGAACUAAACCAUUUUCUUGUGGAGUUUGUGGAAAGAGGUUUUUGAAGAAAAACAUUUUAACUGAACAUGUGAGGAUCCACACUGGUGAAAAGCCGUUUUCUUGUGAUGAAUGCGGAAAAAGUUUUGCCGCUAAAUCAAAUUUAACUCAUCACGUAAAGAAACAUUGAAUAUUGUGCCUUUUUAUUUUGUUCGUUGCAUGUUAUUUUAUAGUUUCAGUGUUCCAUUGAAUGUUGUGUUUAUUACUAAAUGUACCUAUGUAUGUUUUCAUUUUUGCAACCAUAUUUUAUUAAAGAAAAAGUAUCUGAA